UCUCCCUCCUUUACUUCUCUCAUUCAUUCCAUUAAACUAACACUUGUUUACAUCACAACAAACAAACAAUCAAAACUCGGUUUCUCAAAAACCCAUUCCAGAAUAUAAACUACCGAUUCCCUUUUUCUUUUCUUUUUUUCAAAUUAAAAAAAAAAAAAAACAUCAUAAGCACAAUCAUCAUUAAUUUCAUGUUAAUGGGUGACAUGUUAAGGUUGGUGUUGGGCUUUUGUGUUUUAAGUUCCAUAGUUUUAACAUCCUCUGCUCAAACAUGUAAAAACCAAACAUUCUCAAACAAGGUUUUUACAACAUGUCGUGAUCUUCCACAAUUGACCUCUUACCUUCACUGGACAUACGAAGAAUCAAGUGGCAAAUUAGACAUAGCAUUCAGACACGCUGGAAUUACUUCAACAAAUAGAUGGGUUGCUUGGGCCAUCAAUCCUAACAACAAUCUCGACCCAGCUAUGAUCGGAGCCCAAGCUCUUGUUGCUAUACCACAAUCAAGUGGCACCCCAAAAGUUUAUACUUCAAAUAUCGUUAGCACAACCACACAGUUGCAAGAAGGGAAAAUUAGUUAUCCUGUUUCUGGAUUAUCUGCCACAUAUCACAAUAACGAGGUUACUAUUUUCGCUACUUUAACUCUUUCAAAUGGAACAACCUCGUUGGUCCAUGUAUGGCAAGAUGGGUUUCUCUCUUCUUCUGAUUCAACACCUCAAGAACAUAGUCAUGAAUCUUCUCAUCAAAAUUCUAAGGAAGUCUUGGAUCUUGUUUCUGGUACCUCCCAAGUUUCUAGUGGGAUUGGUUCACGUCAAAGAAGAAGAAAUACACAUGGAAUACUAAAUGCAAUAAGCUGGGGAAUAUUGAUGCCAACAGGUGCAGUAAUAGCAAGGUAUUUGAAGGUGUUCAAAUCCGCAGAUCCAGCAUGGUUUUAUCUUCAUAUAAUAUGUCAAGUCUCUGCCUACAUAGUUGGAUUGUCAGGUUUUGGCACAGGUAUCAAACUUGGUAACGAUUCUGAAGGUGUUGAAUACGAUACUCAUAGAUCACUUGCUAUUGUACUUGUAUGUUUUGCAACUCUUCAAGUUUUUGCUCUGUUUUUAAGGCCUAACAAAGACCAUAAAAUGAGAUUGUACUGGAAUAUUUACCACUACCUUAUUGGAUACUCUACCAUAAUCAUUAGUAUUAUUAAUGUUUUUAAAGGGUUUGAGGCUAUGGGAGAUUAUGUUGGAGAUCGUUACAAGGACUGGAAACAUGUGUAUAUUGGAAUUAUUGGAGCUUUGGGGGGUAUUGCUGUCUUUUUAGAAGCUUACACGUGGAUUAUAGUUUUGAAGAGGAAGAAAACAGAGAACAAGACUUCACAUGCUGUUAAUGGAACAAAUGGAUAUGGUUCUAAUCUCUAGGCUACGGUAAGUUUAGGAUUAUAUUGGAUUUUUAUGUUAAUUUUGUGCCUCUUAUUUUUGUUUUUAUAGACUUAGACCCUUUGUAUAUUUUGGUACCCCAACUUCUUAAGAGUCUUUCAGUUUUGACUUUUGAGGUAAAUUCUUUCACUUUGAUAUAUACUUAGCUGUGCUUUUGUGUGUGUGCUUAUACAUUGUAUUUACUGUACCAUCACUUUAUUAUUUUUAAUUUUUUUUUCUUUCAUA